UAUAACAGCUCCGAAUCUGAAUUUAUUAAUUCCAAUGUGGAUCCGGGGCCUAGACGGUGGCGGUGACGGUGGCGGUGGAUUAAACGAUUAAAUCAAAAGAAGGCUCUCGGCCAGCGCAAAAUUAGGGCGUCAUCAAAUCUUAGAAUCAGCAAUCGUCUCCCUCUUCUGCUGUCCAAUUCCAGCAAAGGCUUUGCAAGAGAUAUUUUCAGAUCUAGCCGUCGCCCUUUUUUCUUCUGUUCUAACUCGAGCGCUUUUGCUAGAGAUAUUUUCAUAUCUGACAUCUUCUUACUGCUUACAUAGCUCCUAAUAAGAUUCUGUUUUAGAAGAUCACAGAGCAAACGAUUAAGCAUGUCGCGAACAACAGAGAAAGGGAGAAUUGGGAGACUGUCCUUCAGCUGUAUUUUUGGAAAGCAUGAAAGGAAAACAACAGGAAACCUCGUGGUGUGCUUAACGCAAGUGGAUGGUUAUGCGGAUCCAAUGGUUUAUUCUUUCAAGUCUUUUCCAAUUCGGAAAUUGAUUCACCAUUCUUCAAGCAGGCUUAAACCGAAAGAGGAGUUUGUCUGGCAUGAGAUAAAGGAUGCAUUUGAUGCAUGCACUCCACAUUACUUUGCUAUGAGUUUGAUUCAUACUGGAGGUUUGGUUUAUGUUGUUGGUGGUGUGAAGGCCGAUGAGGAAGAGAGGCACUUGUAUGAGCCAGGCAGGUUGCCCCGAGAGUUCAGUUGCAUCUCUCUCUCAACUCCUCUAGGAAACUCUCGAGCAGAGAUUAAGUGCCCAAUGCAUGGGGCAAAGUAUUUCCCGCUUAUAGAGGAAAUUGAUGGUUGCAUCUAUGUUCUAUCUGGCCCCCUGCCCAGCUAUGGAUCUCCUGAUAUAAUUGACAUCGGCUUUGAGGUUUAUUAUCCUUCAGAGGAUAGGUGGGCUGAUCUGCCGAUUCCUCCUUUUCUCAAAAAAGGUAGUUACUCCAUUAUGUUUAGGGGCUUCUUUUCAUAUGUAGUGAUUGGUUCAAGGUUGUGUGUUUCGACUGGGGAAUACGCGUGUGCUUUUGACACUGUGCAGUGGGAGUGGGAGGCUUGUGAGUUAUUUUCUGAUUUCCCGAUUCAACCUGCCGAACAUUUUGUGCGACACCUAGAUGGUUGCGGUCCUCCAUUUCCUUUUGAGAAAAAAGCCAUCCUAUAUAAAGACAAUAUCUUCUUGUGCAUUAUGCCUGCCGUCCAUCUUCCUGUCUGUCUCUUUCAAAUUUGCGAUGGGAAAGCGGUAAAAAUGCCACUUUUAUUGGAUGGCAUACCAAAUGGAGGUGCUGUUGAUCUUGUUGAUUUAGGAAAUGAUUACUUUGCUGUAAUGCUUUUUGAAUACGAAACAGAGGGACAGGCCGAAGAUCUGACAAUUGUCACUUUCAAGCUGCUUUCAGAAAGAGGGGGAGAUGGAGCUCUGAGUUGUGCAUUGAAUGCGUACAACUUGCUUUGCCGGAACUUUGAUUUUGGGAUGGCUGAAUGCUGUCACCAUGAGAGUCAUAUCUUGAAAUUGCUGAAGAAUACGACGUCCACCCGGUGUCUCUUGCAAUUGCCUUUGUUCUUCGACACCCUCUUGUUGCAAGUGCCAUUUUUGGAGCUACAACAGUGUGACAAAUCCAAGAGGUUCUCAAUGCCUGCAGUGUCAAUCUGAGUGAUGACAUUAUUGGAGAUGUUAACAAGGUGCAUUCAAGGUUCCCAAAUCCCUGCCCCUGAUAAGUGCCUUUUGUUUUGUAGUAUAACCAUUGGAAGGUUAAAGAUAUUGGUGUCUCUUUGUACAUUAUGGAGGAACUGAUCUGGCUUAGAGAUUGUUAGCAUGGUAAUUUGAAUCUUGAAAAUCUGGCUGGGAUUUUCUGUCACCGAUCAAUGUAUUUUUUUCAAGUUUUGGAAUUUUAUGGAACUUGGCGAGGAGCUAAUUACAUGGA